GCUUCGCAUGACAAAGCGACAAGAACGAUGAGAGAGACGGAGCGAGAAAAGGAGCAAAACGGAACUGAUGAAGACCAGGAUGAGCAGCAUUCGUCGACUUCCUUUCCCUUUUCUCCGCUGCUUCAAGCUGCAAUCCGUUCCUCGUCCUCUUCCCCUUCACGGAUGGCAUCCCCGGUGAAAGAAAGGAGUGAGCUUUCCUGCAGGUGGUGAUGUCAGGAUCAAGGCGUGAUCUUCUUGCUUCCUUCUUCCUGCUUUUCUUGGCUGCCGAUCCCCUUGAAUUACUGAAGCAUUGAGGGGGAGAAGCUCCUCUUUCCAACCUCUUUAGCGGUGAUUCAGGGCAUAUCUUCCGGAUGAAGGAGGCAGAGAUGAUGCAGAUCUUAUGAGAGGGUUGUAUUGAACAAUGGGGACCGGAGCUGGAACAGGUGACGGCGUGGGGAAGCCAGAAUCUUAUCGCCGAUGUUAUUACCGGAAAGAUUUGGGUUGAUCGCCUCGCCGCAGACGUGGACGUAGACGAUCGUCGAGAUAGAAGGUUUCGAGCUUCGUCGGCUUGAGAAUGGAGUUCAAUCGAGGAGUUCCUCUUCAGCAGCAGCAGAAAGAUUUCAAGAUUCCGUCUUCUUGGUUUCCCGCUACGCCUGCGAAGCCAGUUCCCACGCAAAGACACUUCGUCCCUGACAAUGACCAGCAGAACCCUAAAUCAACCGCGUCAAACUGUCUCGAAACCGUGCAGGUUUCCACGGGGACUUGUGGUGGCGGGCUCUUCCAAGAGACCGCUUCCCAGGGUACAGCGUUCCCCAGCUCCAGCUCUUCUGCUGGUAGCAGUCACAACGCCAGACCGAGCAUGAUGACAUUCAAUGCUGCAGGAGGAGGAUGGAGAUGGAAUCCUUGCUCGAACCCUAUGGAAUUAAACGAUGAUACAACUGCGAGCAGGAACCCGUUUUUCGCACUCCUUUUGCAAUCACAGAUCGGUGAAGGCCAAGAAACGCUUGUUCAUCCAAAUCAAUUGUCAUUGAAUGCGAUGAUGCUCCGAAAUCCAAGCCUUUCCAAUGAGAAAAUAAUAACCACGGGUGUGACUGAUGCAAUGCCAUCUCCAUUGACACCUGAAACUAUGGAGAAGAACAAGUUCUUACAAGAAUGUCUUCACCAAGAAGUGACCGGUUUUGUACAGGAAAGAGUUACAGGAGGAAACACAUUGGAGAACGAGUCAGAGAAAUGGCAAACUCCAGUAGUGAAGAAGGUGUAUCCAAGCUUCUUGAACCUCACCGUGCCAUCAUCUUCUGAGCAUGUAGUAUUGACUUCUUCAGACUUGAUAAUGCCAUCGUCAUCAGAGUUUGCCCUGCCAUAUCAAGUCAUGCCCUCUGAACAAGUGCAAAAUGAAGUGAGAGCAGUUGUUGUUACAGAGCAAGAUGCUCAGCCACUGAAUAUUGAGAAGCACAACCUAGAAAUUCAAGGUGUAGAUUUCAAUAAAACCCCACAGCAGAAACCCAAAAGGAAAAAGCACAGGCCCAAGGUCAUCAAAGAAGGCAAGCCAACCCGAACACCAAAACCAAGAACUCCUAAGCUUGUGACACCUGAGGUGGCAAAGAUGAAAGAAGAAGGUUCAACUGGUAAGAGGAAGUAUGUGCGUAAAAAAAUUGUACUAAGUUCGUCUGAUGCCUCAUCCAGCAUAUUAGUGGAUAAUGUUGUGCUUGAUGGUACAAACAGGGGAAAAUCAGUCAGACGACGUCUGAACUUUGAUUCGGAAUCAAUGGGAGCAAGAGAUGCUUGUCCAGGAGCAGCCAUAGCAUUCAAGCAUUGUGCGCCACCUCAAACUCUUGAUUCAUGUCUUCAUUCCACCAUGCAGCCUGAUCUGCAAUCUCAAGCAAUGAUAGAGAACCCAGUGAGUGGAAUGACAAUUGAUCUCAGUGGCUCAAUUAUGGUACUAAAAGGGAGAAAAAGAGAUAAUAAUGUUGUCCAAGAUGUGCCAAUUUGGGAUUACAGAGAAUUCAUUCAUACCAUUGGUGGGUUCAGCCAACUAAGUGAAAGCCAUAGAAUGAGCGACCAUGACCUAUUCUUACCUACAAGGUCCAAGAAGAAGAGAACAGGAAACAAUCCGGAUGGGUUUACAUCAGAUACUUCAGAAGGGGAGUCCAGGCACGUCAGCACUUGGAGAGCAAACCAUAGAGUGGUGAAUAAUACUCCAAUGGCCCUUGAGGAACAGCAAACUUUGGAACAUAUAUUAGCAUUUGAUAAAAUAGAAAAACAGAGAUCAGAUGUAAAAGUUCAGAGCCAUGAAUUAGACUCUGUAUGUUCCAUUAUUGAUGCCAUCUGUACAACUCCUCUGAAGCAAUCUGAUUGCAGUCAUACAGGCAUUUACCAAGUAUCGAGUCCAAUGAAGCCACAUAGAGGAAAUGAUUGUCAGAAAGAUGAGAUUUUUAAGACUGAAAAUUCCAAGGAUGCCCAUGUUAUAAGCACCAGCAAUGAGAUAAAACCAAAAAGGCACACAAAGAAGGAAGAAGCUACGGUGGCCAAUACCCAGUCCUUGAGUACUGACCAAGUAGGUCUGCAAGGACAAAAGAUAGCUUCAUGUAAUUUUGACUAUUCUCUAGUACAGAAGAUUCCUGAUUUUAGAGUAUUAAUUCCAGGAGAUUGCAAUGAGAAUAUUUCUCAUACCAAUAUUAGUUAUCAAUGUCAAAAUGGCAGCAGUUUUCAUAAUUCAGUUGCUUACAACUUAAUGUCAGGAGCAUUAGAACCAUUUGGAGAUCCUCUGGAUGAUAUAAUUGAAAAGCUUAGACAUAUAACUUUAGAUGAGAUCCACGAGGAUACAAGGGAAAAAGCUAAAAAUGCUAUUGUUCCUUAUGAUGGAGGUGGUGUAAUAGUUCCAUAUAAGGGAGAAUUUGAGCUUGCCAAGAAACGACGCCCUCGCCCCAAGGUUGAUCUGGAUGCAGAAACAUUUAGAGUAUGGAAUCUUUUGAUGGGAACAGGAGGUAAUGAUAGCGUGGUGGAAAAUGAUAGUGAAAAGGAGAAGCAUUGGGAAGAAGAAAGGAAUGUUUUCCAUGGACGUGUAGAUUCAUUCAUUGCUCGGAUGCAUCUAGUCCAAGGAGAUAGGCGUUUUUCCAAGUGGAAAGGAUCGGUUGUUGACUCAGUUGUUGGUGUUUUUCUUACACAAAAUGUUUCAGAUCAUCUCUCAAGCUCUGCCUUCAUGGCACUUGCUGCAAGAUUUCCUUCAAAAUUGAGUAGAAACAAUGCAAAACCUCAUGAGGAAAAGAGACGCACAUGUACGGAAGUUCAAGAAGGGUGCACUGCAUCCCUCAAAUACUCCAGCAAAUUGCAAGAUCAUAUGUUGAGCAAAGAGUCAUGUUGCGUAAAUUCUCACGUGAUAAUGGGAGAAAAUGAAAGCUCUAACAGUAAUGAAUCAUUUGGUUACAACACUAGAGGUGACAGUGCUGACUGUUCCAGAAAAUGUGUUGACAUGCAUGAAGCAGUAGUUGGUUGUAAAUCACCUAAUAACAGCUUAGAUAUCACAGUUGCAAUGAUGAGAAGUAAAGGCUUAACAAAAGCUGAAGAUAGAUGGGCAUUGAAUGAUGUGGCUUCAUUAAGAAACUAUAUCAUUACAUCUAAAAACCCCUCAGAAAACCAAGUUCUGACAACUGACCAGAUUGAAUUAAACUCGCUUUCAAACUUCCAAGUAGAAGAUAUAAUGACUGGAAGUAUGCCCAACUGUGUAGGUUCUUCGAGUUCAUUCACAAAGCUUUUGCAGAUGGCAGAGAAAAUUCUACCAGAAAAUUUUCAAGAUGGAAUUUGCCAAUGUACAGAUAAUGUUUCAGAAAAGAAAACAUCACUCUUAGAUCCAUCAUGCAACCUAGGCAUGUCAACUUCUCCUGCUAUGCCUUAUUGUUUCAACAAAUCCUCAAGAUCUGAAUUGGUGGAUAUGGGGAGUGCAACUGUAGCAAGUCAUGAAUGCAGAUUAAAUUAUUCUUUGAUGAUAAAUGCAAAUGGAGACAAAAUAUUUGAUUCUACAGGUGAUUCUUCAGCAGUCACAACAGCUGAAGUUAUUGUUCAGCAGAAGUUGGCAUUCAUUCCCAGAAAUAAACUUGAAGAUGAUUCUGCAUCAAUAAGCAAGUGUCUUUUGCAGCCAGUUACUAGCUCAGAAGCAGAAGCAUGCACUAGAAAGCAAUUUUUUUGUCAUAGUGACUUUCAGAAACAGGAAAAAGAGGCCUCAAUAAGCAACUCCAUUACACAGACGUACACACAUGUAAAAAAUCAGGAUACAAUCGAAAUACAGCAAAGAGAAAAUGCAAAGUUCCAGACUGAAUGCACUGGUAUAAUUCAAGCUCAAAUGCAGAAUUUUGGUACUCAGCAAAAUAUUCAGAACUUUUAUAGCAAACAAAGAAAUCAAUUGGAAGUAUCUGAUGAAGUCAAAACAAUUUUAGAGGAUGAGGCAUGCAAUUUGCAGAUAGUUUCAGAUGAAACAACAAAAGUUGAAUUGAAAGAGAAAAAAAUAAAAGAUAAUACUGAAAGAAAGGGAGCCUAUGACUGGGACAUCCUGAGAAAAAACAUUCAUCAAAAUGGCACCAGAAAAGAGAGAACUAGGGAUACAUUGGACUCACUUGAUUGGGAAGCAGUAAGGUGUGCAGAGGUAAAUGAGAUAUCUGAAACCAUUAGAGAGCGAGGAAUGAACAACAAGCUAGCAGCGCGGAUCAAGGAUUUUCUCAAUAGACUGGUGAAAGAUCAUGGUAGCAUUGACCUUGAAUGGUUAAAGGAAAUUGAACCGGACCAAGCAAAGGACUACCUCCUGAGCAUACGAGGACUGGGACUUAAAAGUGUUGAAUGUGUGCGCCUUUUAACUCUCCAGCAUCUGGCCUUCCCAGUUGACACAAAUGUUGGCCGAAUAUGUGUGAGACUGGGAUGGGUUCCACUACAACCCUUGCCUGAGUCCCUACAGUUGCAUUUAUUAGAGCUAUAUCCCAUGUUGGAGACCAUUCAGAAGUACCUUUGGCCUCGCCUAUGUAAGCUUGACCAGCGAACUUUGUAUGAGCUACACUAUCAAAUGAUUACAUUCGGAAAGGUUUUUUGUACAAAAAGCAAGCCAAACUGCAACGCUUGUCCAAUGAGGGCAGAGUGCAAACAUUUUGCAAGUGCAUUUGCCAGCGCAAGAUUAGCACUUCCAGGACCAGAGGAGAAAAAUUUAGUGAUUUCAACGAUGCCUCUUGCCUCAGAAAUCAAUUGUACAACAGAUUUGCAAAUGCUGCAGCUACCUCAAUUUGAGGUCAAUAGAAACCCAAAGGAAAUAAAUUGCUACAGUAGUUGUGAGCCUGUUGUUGAAGAACCAUCAACGCCUGAAGCUGAAGAAAUAACAACAGAAGAAAGUGCAAUUGAAGAUAUCAUUUAUGAAAAUCCUGAUGAAAUUCCUGAAAUUAAGCUAAAUUUUGAAGAGUUCACACAAAACCUACAGUGUUACAUGCAAGGACAAUAUUUGAAAGCUAAUGGUGGUGAUAUAUCAAAAGCUUUAAUGGUAAGAAAUCCAGAAGCCGCUUCUAUUCCGAUGCCAAAGCUCAAGAAUGUCAGCCGCCUACGAACAGAGCACCAUGUAUAUGAACUUCCAGAUUCACACCCUUUGUUGGAAGGAUUGGAUCAAAGAGAACCUGACGAUCCAUCAUCGUAUCUCCUGGCUAUAUGGAGCCCAGGUGAGACGGCACAAUCAACUGAACCACCAGAGGCAUUCUGCAACUCCCAAGAAAUGGGCAAGUUAUGUGACAGGAAAACUUGUUUUGCUUGCAAUAGCAUACGAGAAGCAGAGGCACAAACAGUUAGGGGGACUAUUUUGAUUCCAUGUCGAACAGCAAUGAGAGGAAGCUUUCCACUUAACGGCACCUAUUUUCAAGUUAACGAGGUAUUUGCUGAUCAUGAUACCAGUUGUAACCCAAUUGAUGUUCCUAGGGAGUGGAUAUGGAACUUGCCAAGGAGGACAGUUUAUUUUGGCACCUCAGUACCAACGAUAUUUAAGGGUCUAACAACUCAAGAAAUACAACAAUGCUUUUGGAGAGGAUUUGUGUGUGUGAGAGGAUUUGAUCAAAGAACAAGAGCACCAAAGCCCCUCUAUGUAAGAUUCCACUUCCCAGCGAGUAAAGCACCCAGGAACAAGAAGAUUGCUGCAGCAGAAGCAAGAAAAGAGUAGGCCAUCAUGUCAGCUAACGGGAACUAACCAGGAAGAUCUAUCACCUGAAGGCUGAAGCAGUUGUGCUGACCAUCAAAUUGAGAAAUCUGUGGCAUGCUUCAAAGUAGGACCUACCAACUAUCAUAGUGGGCUCCUAACGAGGUUGUCUUAGCAAAUCUUCCAGAAAAGUUGACAGGUUUGUUGUUCCACCAUCGAUCCCUUAUGAUAGUGAAAUUAUAAUCUUUUGCUAUGCUGGUUAUAGCAUAUGGAUCUUCAUUCUUUAUGGGAUUCACCGACAAGCAUGCACACUGCCAUCAUAAAACAAAAUGUCACCUUAGAUGUUAGUUGUUAGCCUUUUUGCAAAAAUGAAGCAGUCUUUUAAUUUUCAUCUUAAUUCCUUUUUUCUGACACUGACAAGCACAAUCGCUGUAAAUAUAGUCCAGCAAAGGAAAAAAAAAAGUCGGAAAUCAACCUUGUACAUCUUCGAGGAAAGAUCCUAAAUUUGCAAUGUGGCCAAAACCUGCUGUAGCUUUUAGAAGCCCCACUGCAUUUAAUACUAUAAUAUAUGUUGUAGCUGAAGUGUUAGGUUUCUUGAAUCAUAUCUCCCAAUAAAAAAGAAGAAUGUGGACUUGGGUAUAUCAGUUUUUGAGCCAACUCAAAGCAUAGUCAGAGAAAGACUUUUUUUAUUCAUUAAAUAGCAUUUUUUAUGCACUGAUCAAUAGAAACAACAUCAAAAUUUGAAUACGAUUACUAAGAAUAACAGAACAAAUGAACAAUCAAACGUGAAGCACUUUUCUCAGUCAACAUUGUUUCCAAUUUAUUUGGUCUGUAAACAAAUCUAACAUUAUCUGAUCUGCAUGAUCAGCUUUAGAAACAAAAGAAUGAAUCACUAUUCCAAGUGUUUAUUCCGAGUCUUAUGUUCUUUCUAAAUCUUGUUAUGGUUUAUACUUAUGAUAUCCCUUGUAGGAUGUUAACUUGUCUUUUACGUUUAUAACUUUAUAACUUAUCUGUCCAUGCCAGUUAUUAUUUGAGUUCUUGUUGCAGAAAUUUCAACUUGAACAUUCAAAAUCUUGUAUAUGUUAGCCUUCAUAAAAUUUCAGCAGAGCUUACAGUAAAGGUUUAAAGAAAUGCAAAAAAAAUCUUAAAGCAAAUUCUUAGGGGCUUUUUUCACCCUUGGCUUUUUCUAUGAGUAGCCCCUUCAUUAGUCUUUCCCAAAUUUAAGAAUUAUAAGUUCAGGAAUAGAAACCUUGAUUGUAGAUUAUCUCAGAGAAUUAGCAUUCUCCUACAUUGAUCUAAAUGGAUCAAUAACUGUUAGCAAUAUGGAAACACAAUUUCCAUAUCUUUACAUCCACUGAAAUCAUUGCAUUGACUUUAGACUAGUAGUAGUAAAAUUGGAAAUUGAUGUGAUAUAACGAUGUUGGCUUAUGCAAUUCUCUCUCUAUCUGAGCUUGGCUGUGGGAGCAGCAUGUUGCCUCUCUCUCUCUCUCUCUCUCUCUCUCAGAGUCACCAGCCCAUGCAUUCUGAAAUAUGAAAAUUGAAUACAAAAUGGAUUUGCUCAGCAACUUGUCAUUUUAAUGAUUCACCUUCUCCAACUAGUUUGAGAUUUGGCUUCUGAAGCUGUGUAAUUUGAAUAAUGUUAUUGAAUGGACAUGUGAAGACUGAUGGAACUGAAUCAUGUGAAGACUUAAAUUGCAGUUCAUGUUUGCUGCUUACAAUAUCCUCAUACAAUAGUUUUCUUAUGACAUGCUGGGUUGCACAUGUAAUUGGUGGAGACAUGUCACAUUGGUUCUGGCUCACCAAUUAAAUGCAUGGAAUUGUACAUCAACAGAAGUAUUGUGCUAAAAUUGAAAGUGGAAUUAAGGAUAGCCACCAUGGUCCCAUUCCCUGCAAUAAUGAGAGUAGAAAAGGAUUGGUGUGGUAGUAC